UGUGUAUGUGUAUGUGUAUGUGUUAGAGACAGUGAUCACAAUCUUCACAAGGAAAAUGGUCAAGAAAUCUCUUGUUGCUGGGCUGGUGGUUCUUCUGGUGGCUGCAGUGGGGUUUCUCCUGGGCAUUUAUUGGGGGGUUGGAAACAAGCAGCCCACCGGCCCCUCGGACCACUUCUACUCCAAGGCAGCAGUGGCCGCAGACGCAGGGAAGUGCUCGGAGAUCGGCAGGGACAUCCUUAAGCGUAAUGGCACAGCGGUGGAUGCCUCCAUUGCCACCCUGCUCUGCGUUGGCCUCCUCAAUGCACACAGCAUGGGUAUCGGGGGGGGCCUCUUCUUCACCAUCUACAACGCAACCACAGGGAAGGUGGAGACCAUUGAUGCCAGGGAAACUGCACCCAUGAAUGCCACAGAGGACAUGUUCGGUAACAACACCCAGCUCUCUCGCAAAGGUGGACUGUCCAUCGCCAUCCCUGGGGAGAUCCGUGGCUAUGAGAUGGCCCACAGGCGGCAUGGGCGGCUACCCUGGCGGGAGCUGUUUGAGCCCAGCAUCGAAUUGGCACGCUCCGGCUUCCCCGUCGGCAAGGCCCUGGCCAACGCCAUCGCAAAGAACGGGGAGUCUAUUCUCAGUGAUGUGGCCCUCUGUGAAGUGUUCUGCGACUCGAAAAAAAACCUCCUCAAGGAAAACGACAUCAUUAAAUUCCCAAGACUGGCCGACACGUAUGAAAGGAUAGCCGAGGAGGGUCCGGAUGUCUUCUACAAUGGCUCCAUGGCUGACAGCAUUGUCAAUGACAUCCAGGCGGCAGGAGGGAUCAUCACCCGGGAGGACCUGCUGGAGUACAGACCGGUGCUGAACGAGAGUCCCCUACGUCUUACCGUGGGGGAGUACACCAUGCACGUCCCCGACGCCCCCUCCAGUGGCCCAGUCCUCGCCCUCAUACUCAACAUCGUAGAUGGCUAUAACUUCUCAGAUACCAGUGUCUCCACAUCUGAGAAGAAGACAUUGACCUACCACAGGAUAGUGGAGGCGUUCCGCUUUGCCUACGCCAAAAGAAGCAGACUUGGAGAUCCGCGCUACCUCAAUAUCACUGAUCUUAUCCAUAACAUGACCUCAGACUACUUUGCAGACGGGAUCAGGAGCAAGAUCACGGACGACACCACGCACCCCGACAGUUACUACGAGCCCGAGUACUUUGUGCCCGACAACCACGGCACGGCCCACCUGUCUGUCAUCGCGGAGGAUGGCAGUGCCGUAGCUGCCACCAGUACCAUCAACCUAUACUUUGGCUCCAAGGUUAUGUCCCGCUCGACUGGCAUUAUUUUCAACGAUGAAAUGGAUGACUUUAGCAGCCCGUUUAUGACCAACGGUUUCGGUGUUCCUCCCUCUCCCAGCAACUUCAUUCAGCCAGGCAAAAGACCCCUGUCUUCCAUGUGUCCCACAAUCAUCAUCGACAAAUACAACAAAGUCAAGAUGGUGGUUGGCGCCUCUGGUGGGACCAAGAUCACCACAGCCACGGCCCUGGUAAUACUGAACUCUUUGUUUUUUAAUUAUGACCUCAAAAAGGCGGUUACGGAGCCCAGAGUGCACAAUCAGCUCAAUCCCAACAUGACCGUGGUAGAACAGAACUUUGAGAAGAGUGUCCUUGACGGCCUGGCCCAAAAGAACCACGUGACGGAGCUACUGAGGAGCCCUGGUGCUGUGGUCCAGGCAGUGGUGCGGCAGGGAGAUCAGAUCUGUGCCGAGUCUGACCCCAGGAAAGGUGGCUAUCCAGCUGGCUACUGACUCGCCCCCCCCCCUCCCUCCCUCACUUGCUACCCAACCACCCAUCCUGCUUCUUUGGGGUGCAUUUCUCGAAAGUGUAGUUGUUAGCAAUUAGCAACUUGGGUAGUUGCCAGUGGGAAAUUGCAUUGCAAACAACAAAGUAGCUAAUGUAGUUAGCAACUACGAUUUGGAGAAAUGCACCCCUGGACGCGUGGCCUUACAGGACCUCGAAGGAGAAGAGAAGAUGUAAACAACCCUGGAAUUUGGACUGAUGUUGGGGGAUUGGAAUGAUGAAAACGGUUGUCUGUAUAAAAAAACUCCCAUCUCCCGUUCUUUGCUCCAAAUGUUGGGUAAAUCCACAACGGCCUUUGCAGAAAUAAGCUGUUCUUCUUUUGUAUUUAUUUUAACUUAUUUUGUUUAGUUUUUAUUUAUUUUUUCCUUCUUACAUUGAUAACAUUUUAUCAAUAGUUAUAUCGAUAAUGUAUUUACAACUCUGUGUUUUGAACCAAAAAAAAAGAGAUGAAGUACUGGAUGAACUGCGGGUGAAGUAGUGCGUGUCCUCCAUGGCUUACAUGGUGGGAAGACAUUUUGUUUACGUCUUUGUAGAAACUGUUGUGUGCACAGACAUAGGGUCACCAUUCUAGCUCUGUGAAUGGAAUCCUAUGACAAGCCCUUACUACAGUGCCAAGCGACAUACAUACACACAAGACACAUUAUGUUACACUUAGCUGUAAGUUUUUAUCCAACGUGAUUUGCAGCUAUCUUAGGUACAGGGUAUGAAUGAAUGAAAAUGGAUUAUUUGAUAGGGACCAUGCAUUUCGAUGAGCACACAACAUGUUGCAACAUAGGCCUAAAUAUACCAGAAUUGGACAUAUAGCUUAUUUUCAUCUGUAUUCCCUUUGGUUACAGGCCCUGGAGUGAUGUGAGGUUAGGUGCCAUGCUCAAGGGCUCUUCAGUCACGGAUAUUAUGGGAUUCAAUUUCAAGACAAACUCCUUGACCAUUAGGCCACGACUACUUCCGUAGAUACAUACAACACACAUGCACCAAUAAUUGUACACAAGAAAUGAAAACAACAAGGAUUAAUUAAUGCAACAAAUUAAUUACAACCCUCCUUGGAACUAAUACAUGUUUUUCAUUCUUGUCUGACUGAAAUAGUUUCCCCCAGUUAAAUGUUGCACAAGUCCAAAUUACUGUAAAUGGUUUGCACAAAGGUGAAUGUUCAACAGACGACUCCUCCCUGUUCUUGAAAGCAUACAUUAUUUUUUGUACAGAUUCUGGGUUUUUAAUGAAAAC